AUGGGUUGUCAAAAAAGGAAGGAGAAGCUUGUCAAACCUCAAGAAAAGGCUAAAAGCUUUGUGGAGCCAUGGCCAAAUCUCCCUCAACAGCUCCUCAACUUUAUAGGAAGGCAACAUCCCGAUGAAACCGAUCGUCUAAUGGAAAACAUCAGCUUCCGUGGUGUUGCAAAAUCAUGGAGAGCAGGACCUAAGCAAUGUAGUGACGCACGAUUACCAUGGCUUGAACUUUCCGAGAAAGAUAAUUACUGCCAGUCCAAGACUCUUCAAGAGCAUACUCUCAACAUUCCAUUUCGACCAGGUGAAUAUUGGUGGUACGGUAGAAGGUCAUGGGAUAAUCCAUGGACGCGUUUUCAUGGAUGUUCACACGGGUUGAUUGUCGCUGGAGGGAAGGGUCCUGAAGAGUACUGUCUCUUGAUUCCUGGUCCAAGAAACAGUUAUUGGACUAUUCCCCCUUGGGACUCCACAAUUCCAUUCAAGUUUGCAACUCUGUCUUCAUCUCCUUCCAACAAUUACAAUUGUUGUUCUUUGAUGGUGUUAACAGGAUGUUCCAAUCCAUCUUUCAUGAUUUCUCAUCUAGGAUAUCAAAAUAAACGGAUGAAAGAAGAAAGCACCUUGCUUGACCCUAACUGCUCAAAAAGGCAACUUAUGCAAUUUACUAAUGCCAUUGGCUUUGAAGGUAAGUUCUAUGCAUUAAGUUUGCAAGGUACUUUAGCGGUUAUUGAAGAAACUGAAUCUAAGUUUCAAGUCACCAAAUUAAGCAGAAGCCGAGGUGUUCCAUCAGUUUUCUCGAAACAUUUCACAGAGUAUCUUCUUGAGUCCAAUGGAGAGAUGUUGUUGAUUUUCUUGAUAUCAGAACAAUCAACUAGGAAGGUGGACAAAGUGGAAAUGUUCAAGCUCCAGAUCGAUGACCUAUCAUGGUUAAAAUUGGACAACCUUGGAAAUAGAACAUUAUUUGCAGGGACUAAUUGUUGUAUGUCAGUCACUGCUAGUAAACUGGGCUGCAGAAGCAAUUGUGUCUAUUUCAAUGAGCUUGCUACUAAUACUUGGCAGUACAAUGAAAUGGAAAGUGCUACUGUUUUUUCCUGUUUGGAUGAUUAUGGUUGUCAAACAAGAAGUCCAGUAUGGGAAGUGCCAAUAGUGAAGAGCAAUUUCUUGUAA